AUGGAUCAAAGUGCUCAAUUAUUGGAUGAGGAUAAUGUGGCCGAGGAUCAAAGUUCUCAAAUUUUAUGGAGUGAAAAAAAUGAAGAGAUCUUAAUAACUUUGAUGGAAGAAGAAAGAAAGAAUGGAAAUCAGAAAGGCACUACAUUUUCUAUUGAAGGAUGGAAAAAUUUAGAAGAAGGGAUGUUAAGGUUAACUAAAGAAAAGUAUACGAACCUACAAUUGAGGAAUAAAUUCAAUAGGUUGAGAGACAGAUAUAAAACAUACAAAAAAUUUCUAUCCAACCCUGGUUCAUCAUGGGACCCUGUAACUGGUCAAGUCACACUUACAGAUGCCCAAUGGGAGGAGAUGGAAAAGCAAGUCAGGCAUGCUAAGCGGCUUCAGAAAAAAGGGUGCAAACAUUAUGAUCUGCUUAGUAACUUAUUUGGUGAUACAUAUGCAACUGGUAAUCAUGCUCACCCUUCAAAUAGAAGCCCAUGCAUUAGUAGUGAUGAGGGAGAUAAAAAUCCUAAUGAGAUCAAUGAAGUAGUGGAUACUUCUCGUCAUAUGAGUCGGUCUGCUGACCUUGCUCGUACAAGAUUAACUAAAGAGAGCUUUCAAAAGACAAUUUCCUCUGUUAUGAGUGGAUAUGACGAAUAUUUUAUGAAAAAGGCAGAGGCACUAGACAAGGGUGGAAGCUCAAGUGGGAAGAGUAUAAUAUGUCCACCAAAUAUGAAUAAGGUACCCUUGGAGAUUCAACAUAAUGAGAAAUACUUUCCAUUCUUUCAGAAUUGCAUUGGUGCAAUUGAUGGUACACACAUCCAUGCAAAUGUCCCAGCAUCUUCACAAAUUCCUUAUCGUGGAAGAAAAUCAGACACAACACAAAAUGUAAUUGUUAUUUGUUCUUUCGACAUGAAAUUUACAUAUGUGGUGGCAGGUUGGGAAGGCUCUGCGAAUGACUCAAGAGUAUUAUUGGAAACUAUUUUUGAUCCUACAAUGAAUUUUUCGUUACCACCCAAAGGUAAGUAUUAUCUUGUGGAUUCUGGGUACACCAAUAUGAGGUACUUCUUAGCACCUUAUCGUGGCGAAAGAUAUCAUUUACAGGAAUACAGGGGGAGACGAAUAAGGGGUCCUCAUGAACUAUUCAACUAUAGGCAUUCGUCACUGAGAAAUGUGAUAGAACGUUGUUUUGCCCAUUUAGAUCAUCUUUUUGAUGAAUAUGGGGAUGAGAAUGCCAAUCUUCAAGAAGAAGAAGAAGAAAAAGUGGAGCUAGGUGGUACUUCUCAGAGAGUAAAUGUUACACAUGAGCUAAUUCAAGAGAUAAGUGAAACCCGUGAUGCAGUUGCAAAUGAGUUGUGA